AUGAUAAUAGCCUUUCUGUUUCAGCUCCUCGUCAGCGUCGGGCUGCCGUUCGUAGCGCUUCUCCUCUACAACCAUCUUGCUGACUCAAUUCACGCACGUGGCAGCGUCGACGUGGACGACGUCAAUGCCUUCAGCCAACGGGUGCGAGCAGAGCUGGAGCAGCUUAAUGUGCCCCCCGCUCUUCCCGAAGCGGCGCCGGGGCAGGCAGCUCCACCGCCGGCACCAAUGAGGUCCUCACCGGCAGUGACGGCGCCACCACCCCCAGAGGCGGCUGAGAUCCUGAUUGCCUACGCAACACAAUCGCAGAACUCGCUGGCGCUGGCGCAUAAGUUGUUCUCGCUCAUCACGGCACAGCUGCACACAGCGCCGCCCUCGACGACUGAAGAUGCCGUCUGCCCACUCGUGCGGGUGAUGGAGAUGCGCGAAGAGGAAGACAGCAGCGCCAGCGUGGCAGCUGCUUCCGCUGCUGGCGGGCGUGUGAGCCGCACGAACGUGUGCCGCGUUGACACACUGUUGGAGCAGAGUCAGUACGCACUAAUCAUCUUCAUCGCCAGCACAUAUACAAACGGCGUCGCACCGCCGCGGUCGCAGGCGUUCGAGGCGAUGCUGAAGGACUCCUUCGAGGAUCACCGCAUCCCACGCAACACACUCGCCCGCAAGCGCUUCGCCGUCUUCGGUCUCGGUGACAUCGCCUACGGCGAGGAGCGCUUUAAUGCCUUCGCGAAGAACCUGCACGAGUGGUGCCGCGGCCUCGGUGCACCGCCGUUCGUCGUCCCACCGGUGUACACAACGGAAGCAAAAACUCAGUCGCUCUUCCGCAUCUUCUCCACCGCGCUGCUGAAGUGGGUGAGCCGCGCCACCUUCCACAGGGACGGCACAGUGACCGUGAAGAAGAAGUCUGAGAUGGGGACGACAGGCCCUGCGGCUGCAAGUGCCACGGGAAUGCUCAGCCACAAGGCCGGAGGCAUCACCGCCGCCCCGGCAGGGGAAACGUGCGGUAGUGAGGGCGCAUCGUGUGCGUGCCAGCAGUCGACGCAGCAGCAGCAGCAGCGGCAGCCCUGCGGCAGCGGUACCUGCCCAGAUGGCGACGAUAACUGUGUGUGCUACAAGACUGACUCUAUUGCCAACUGUGUUGCCGCCAGCAAGCGCGACGAUGACGAUGAUGCUGACGAUGACGACGAGGAGGAGGAGGUCAACGGGGAGAAUGACGGCAUGGACGACGUUGAGGACCUUGUGUGGGACGGCACCGAAGACACUGACUUCGACAUCAACAAGGACCCAAGCGAGUUGCCCGAGCUGCUCUACCCGAAGCUGCGCCAGAACCUGGAGAAGCAGGGGUACCGCCUUGUGGGAACCCACUCGGGCGUGAAGUUGUGCCGGUGGACCAAGUCCAUGCUGCGCGGCCGGGGCGGGUGCUACAAGCACACUUUCUAUAACAUCAACUCCUCCCAGUGCAUGGAGAUGACGCCGAGUUUGGCGUGCGCGAACAAGUGCGUGUUUUGUUGGCGCCAUCACACAAACCCCGUCUCACGCCACUUUCGAUGGAAACAAGACCCUCCAGAGCUGCUCAUCGCGCAAGGGAUGGCGGGGCACUACCAAAUGAUCAAGCAGAUGCGUGGUGUCCCGGGGGUGACCCCGGAGCGGCUGGCCACGGCAAUGCAGAUUCGCCACUGCGCCCUCUCCCUCGUAGGGGAGCCCAUUAUGUACCCACAAAUCAACGGCUUCUGCGAGCUGCUGCAUCAACAUCACAUCUCCUCCUUCAUGGUGACGAACGCGCAGUUUCCUGAGCAGCUGCGGGAUUUGAAGCCGGUUGUGCAGCUCUACCUUUCCCUCGAUGCCCCGACACCCGAGGAGCUGAAGCGGAUUGACCGGCCGCUCUUCGAGGACUACUGGGAGCGCUGCCUUAGUUGUGUGAAGGAGCUGGCGAAGAAGCAGCAGCGCACCGUGUUCCGGCUGACGCUGGUGAACCAGUACAACACGGAGAACGUGAAGGCGUACGCCGACCUUGUGGAGAUGGGGCAGCCUGACUUCAUUGAGGUGAAGGGUGUCACGUAUUGCGGCACGAGCACCAGUAGCACGUUGACCAUGAAGGAUAACGUGCCGCGGCAUGACGAAGUGAUCAGCUUCUGCAAGGCACUCUGCACCGAGAUGGCGAGCCGGCAUCCACACUACAGCACCCUGCAGAUGAACACGGAAGAGAAGGGCGGCGACGACGGCGACGACGACGAGGUGAUUGUCAUCCCGGCCGAGGAGCGCAACCGCCCAUACCACAUAGCGUGCGAACACGAGCACAGCUGCUGCGUCCUCAUCGCACUUGACAAGUUCUUCUUCGAAGGCCACUGGCACACUUGGAUCGACUAUGAGCGCUUCUACCACCUGGUUGAGUCGGGGCGCACGGACUUUACCUCGCUGGACUACGCCGCCGUGACGCCAGCCUGGGCCACGUAUAACUCAAAGGAGAAGGGCUUUGACCCAGAACAGACACGCGUGGUGCGCAAGAACGCGCGACCAACGGUUGUGACGGCCAGCUGCUAG